CACCUUCAACACGUCGUCAACAAUAUUGAGUCCUUCGUCGACAACAGUACUUCUCGUCCGUUGACAGUCUAUGACAUAUGUGGUAGAAGCCCGCACCCGUUGUCCUCGUCUAUUCUCACUGAUGGGAGCGGCGAUAUGCUUUGGCAUGUGCAAGGAGCUGACGGUCGUGAUGGUUGGUGAAUCCGGACUUAUCCCAGAACCAAAACUUGCACCAGUCAGUCCUGAAAGGCAUCCUGUAUUCCAUCUCACUCGGGAUAGAAAUGCCUACGAAUGCAAUUCAAGAGCGGCGGCGCGAUUUCAGAUCACGCUGCAGUACCUUGAUAACGUUACUAUCAGCUCAGUCCUUGUCUCCGUCAGGCCCAUACCAGCCAUGUUCAGUAUCGCCUUUGCAAAGUCGUCUCGGGAUCUGCAAAAGUCAGAGAUGGGAAAGGAACAUGAUAGUGGCGACAAUCACGUUCUAUGGUGUCACGGAUUCACUAUUGCAAAUAUGGCUAAAGCUCGACAGAUGAAGAAGAAGAUGCGUGUCACUCAAGCUCGUGGAUUGGACAAGGCCAAACGGGCGCGGAAAGGGACUUUGAACUUUCUUGUCACUGUCCGUAAACUCGUUCCUCCGAAGGUCGAGUUCACUAGUCUUUUUGGAGAAGAAACCACAUACGCAGCUGCGCUCCAAGCUUUGUAA